CCAAAGGGCGUCCUGUUUGAGUUGUCAGUCAUGGCUGACACCAAAGUUGAUGUUACUGUAGAGGCUUCGAAUGGAAAUAAAAAUGCUGGCAACAGUGGCGCCAGUCAGCAGCAGAAUCCGCUUUCAAGGAAACUGAAUAAAAUACUUGAAACGCGUCUCGACAAUGACAAGGAAAUGCUGGAAGCUCUCAAAGCUCUGUCUGCAUUCUUUGUUGAAAACAGCUUGCGAACGAGAAGGAAUUUACGGGGAGACAUAGAGAAACGCAGUUUAUCCAUCAAUGAAGAAUUUGUUCGAAUUUUCAAAGAUGUGAAAGAGGAGUUGGAAGGUGUUCAUGAAGAUGUUCAAGCGAUGAGUAGAUGCUGUGAGGAUAUGACGAACCGUUUGAAGGCUACUAAAGAACAAACACAAGAUCUUAUUGUGAAAACAACCAAACUCCAGGCAGAAAACCACCAACUUGAAGUAAGAGCCCAAGUGGCUAAUGCUUUUCUAGCUAAAUUUCAGUUGACAUCUGAAGAAAUGAGUGCACUGCAUGCAGCUAGAGAUGGACCAAUUACUGAAGAUUUCUUCAAAGCUCUUGGAAGAGUAAAGCAUAUUCACAAUGAUGUCAAAAUUCUCCUGAGGACCAACCAACAAACAGCAGGUCUUGAGAUCAUGGAACAGAUGGCUCUUCUUCAAGAAACAUCAUAUGAACAGCUUUAUAGAUGGGCACAAAAUGAAUGCCGAGCCCUGACCCAAGAAUCAUGUGAUAUUUCUCCAGUACUAACCCAAGCCAUGGAAUCUCUUCAAGACAGGCCAGUCUUAUACAAGUACACUUUGGAUGAGUUUGGUACUGCAAGGAGAUGUGCUGUAGUCAGAGGAUUUAUAGAUGCCCUUACCAGAGGAGGACCCGGAGGCACCCCGCGCCCAAUUGAAAUACACUCUCAUGACCCAAUGAGAUAUGUUGGGGAUAUGUUGGCCUGGUUACAUCAAGCAACAGCAUCAGAAAAGGAGCACCUUGAGGCACUUCUAAAACAAGUUUCUAUGCAGGGAGUAGAAGAAAAUAUCCAGGAAGUUGUUGGACACAUAACUGAAGGAGUGUGCAGACCACUUAAGGUCCGCAUUGAGCAAGUCAUUGUAGCUGAACCAGGAGCAGUAUUGUUAUAUAAACUGUCAAACUUGUUGAAAUUUUAUCAUCAUACUAUCAGUGGAAUUGUUGGAACUAUCUCAGCAGCUUUGCUAACAACAAUCGAAGAAAUGCACCUUUUGAGUAAGAAGAUGUUCUUCAAUAGUUUGAGCCUUCAUGCCAGUAAACUAAUGGAUAAGAUUGAGCUCCCUCCUCCUGACCUAGGACCAACUUGUUCCUUAAACCAGACACUUUCUUUAUUACGUGAAGUUCUUGCAUCACAUGACUCAUCAGUUGUGCCACUGGACGCAAGGCAGGCAGAUUUUGCACAGGUACUGUCUUGUAUACUAGACCCUCUUUUACAGCUUUGUACUGUCUCUGCCAGUAACCUGGGAAUAGCUGAUAUGGCCACUUACAUGGUAAACUCUUUGUACAUGAUGAAGACUACGCUUGCUCUCUUUGAGUUUACUGAUAAACGGCUAGAAAUGCUAGAGUUUCAGAUUGAAGCACACUUGGACACUUUAAUAAAUGAUCAAGCUUCCUAUGUAUUAACAAGAGCUGGUUUGAGUUACAUUUACAACUGUGUGCAACAGCACAAACCAGAGCAGAACCCACUUGCAAAUGUUCCCAGUAUGGACAGUGCUUCAUUGAAGGCAGCGAUGGUUCAGUUUGACCGUUACCUGUCUGUUCCAGAUUCCUUAAUGAUGCCACAGCUGAAUUUUCUUUUAAGUGCAACACUCAAAGAGCAGAUUAUUAAACAGUCCACCGAACUGGUGUGUAGAGCCUAUGAAGAACUCUAUGCCGCUGUGAUGAAUCCCUCCAAUCAGUACAAAGAGCCUGAGGCUAUUCUCCAACGAUCUCCUCAACAAGUGCGAACAUUGCUUUCAUAAACUUUUACAUGUAGUAUUUAUAAUUAAGGAGAAAUGUAAUAAGGUAAAAAGAAAUAUAAGCAACUAUCCAUCCAUCUCAUGAUUUUCUUUUUUAAUAUGAAUAAAUUCUUUUAUAUGUUUUGUUUGA